AUGGACCAGUAUGUAUACACUUACCCCGAUCUGCUUGGGGAGUCUAUAUCUCUAUCCAAUCCUAUGCUAAUGUUCAACCCCCAACCUUAUAUCAGGAACCGCACGUUCAAUUCAUCGCACGCGAAGAAUUUAGCAGCACGAUUCGCAGCCAUUGAGCGCGCAGUUGACAACGCCACCCCCGAAGAAAAGGUUCGAUUGUGCCUAGAUCAACUGCAGCCACUGGAUGGCAGUGCAGAUGCGGCAUUGGAUCGAAUAUUUCGUUUUAUUGACCAGGAAGGCCCCUUUGAUGGAGUAUUGGGACACUCUGAGGGAACGGCCAUGGCGGCUACCGUCCUGCUAGAGGAGAGGAGAAGGUUCCGUCAAACAGGUCGGCCGCAGCAAUUGAAGUGUGGCAUCUUCUUCAACGGGUUCCCGGCUCUGAUCCCUGGUGAGAAUAAAUACUUGUUGGCUGACGACAAGGAGGGAGACGCAAUGGCUGAUGAGGAUCGGUUUAUUAAUGUGCCAACCGUUCAUGUUCUGGGAUCUCUAGAUCCCAGCUAUUAUACGUCGCUCGCUUUGUAUAAUGUCUGCUGCCCCGAGAAGGCGAGCCUGUUUGAUCAUGGGGGUGGUCAUGGCGUCCCCAGGGAUGUUCGGACGAUUAGGGAGUUAGGGAAGGUUGUCCGAGCGAUGAUUACGCCGUUAAAAUAG